GUUUUGGUGGAAGCACGUAAAGAUUUUGUUGAUGUUCUCUUUAGUUUUCUUAAACUCCAAAUGGGUACAAUCGUAGGAUUGGUCAAGAAACAAUCUCACCAAGCUUCAGUGGGUUGUUUCAGCAACAUUUAUCAAAGUGUUUUAGAUUUGGAGAUUGAUAGCUUUCUCACUAAAGCAUGUAAACAUAUGCUUUUGUAUCCGAGAGGUUUAAACGAUCAUAUAUUCCCAAGGCUGAAGCUAAACAUCAACGAUACCACCGAGGCUUGCAAGUUCUCUAUAUGCACAAAUUGUAAAGAAGGCACUUUGCGCAGUUCGAAUAGACUAAAAUGUACAUGUGGCGAAAUGACGGAGAUGGAACGCGAGGAUGUAGACUACAACGUUGAUGGAUUAUAUUUUUAUGGCCAGCCUUCGUUUAUCAUUACUGAUAAUAUGGUAGUGCAAUAUAACUCUACUCAUGUGUUUCUUAAAGUGAUCAAAGAUCAGGGUUAUGCGGAUGUCGAAAAGUUGAGUGAAUCACUUCUUGUCAUUGGUUCUGAAGAGGUACUCACCUUGUUGGACUGUGUAUUCACGUCUGACACUCCUUUGACGGAUGCUUUCCUUAGGAAACAAAGCUCGCGUUCGCGAAAUAUGAACAAGCUCCAUAAGACACUGACUUCUCCUGCUUUGCAAGAAAAUAGUAAAGCGACAAAAUCAGACCUUUUAACCUUCAAUGUUGUUUAUCGAAAGCAGGACAAGAAGGUUAUAUAUUUUGAGGGCUGUGAAGAUUUUGUGAAUCUUCUUUUUCAAUUCCUUGUUGUUUCUUUGGAGUUUGUGUUGGAAACUUCUGGUGAUAAUGCGGUUCAUGGAUGUAUCGGUAAUCUUUUUAGAAGCUUCAAGGAGUUGAGCUUUGCUAAAAACUCAAAGCUAGUGUCCAAUUCAACACUUCCAUGGUAUUAUUGCUGCAAGAAGAAGCUGCUCGAUAUCAACUACUCUCUGAGUAACCUGUUUUUCGAUCUAUCUAUUUUUACUAAGCCAUGGAUCUUGGAAAAACUGAAACUGAAACGUCCAUGCCAGCAAUGUGCUAAAUCUAAUCAUGUAUAUGCAUGCGAGGGUUUUGUGAAAGGAAACAUGAAGUUUAGAGUAUCAGAUGAUCUGAUCAUAACACCUCUGAGCUCAAGCUCGACCAUUGGCUAUCUAAAGAAGCUUCAGGUGGGUUUAGACGAUGUCGACGUGCAAGAGAUCACUAUCGGCGAAGUAGAGGUUAACAAUGUAUUAAGCACUUCUCUUAUGACAUCAACGGUUUUAACUACUGCUUUAUGGAACUUACUCGUGAAGGAGCCAAAAGAAGAGAGCUGAAUUUAGAGAGUUGAAAAAGAAGUUUGGAAGAUUGGUUUAUUGAUUCCAUUUAAUUGGCAAUUUGGCAUUAUAGUUGGUUCUUUGCCAUAUUUAUGUUGGAUUUGGAGUCUUUGUUUAGAGAAUCUUAAAGAACUAAAUAGACCCUCAAAUCUAAU